UUCAGCGGGCGCGCCCGCAGAUGUCUCCGGCGCUGCAAAAGUUGCGCGUUCGCUGGCACGCCGCUCGGGGAAAGGCGCAAAAAAAGUCGCGAAACAUGGCCGUGCAAUGUUAUUGAGGAUUCCGCGAGUCGAGACGGCGAGAGAAUUGCGCGUUCGAGGGAGUGCGACAGAGAGAGAGGGAGACACGUCGUGCCGCGCCAGGGAAGAGAAAGGGUCGGCGAGGAGGAGCGCAGGAGAAGAACGGGAAGAGGAAGAGGAGGAAGAAGGUGAUCGCGUUGUUGUGCUCCCGCUGGUAAAUUGCGGUACAACGGCCAGUGUGACAGCGGACGAGGAGCAGCGGAACAGCGGCCGGAGAACACGGAACGGACGGACGGACGGGCGACGGUGACUGCGAAAAAUGCGUUCGAUCGCGGCGAGUCAUCGCGGCGAGUGUCAUGCAUCCCGCAGCAGGGAAUGACUCGCGCCCCCGCCCCAAAAAUAAUCGGCCCAGUACGGUUCGUCAUUGCGGUGGCUGAGGAGUACGAUCGGCGAUCUACGGUUCUGACCUCCUGCGCUCGCAGCCCCCACGGCGGGCUCAGCAGCCAUCGGCGGCAACGAUCCGGGUUCUCCCGUGCGUGACUUUUUGGUUUCGUGGUGUUAGGAAACUCGCAGAAUCAGGCGGUCACGCUGAGAUCGAAUCCAUUGGCAGUGUGUGCGCGGAUCCAGGGGAAGAAUGUCACUGAAACCCAAGAAGGUAGACUUCACUCAGACCUGGGAUGUACUGCAAGAGACCGUAAAGGGAGUAAUAACGUUAGCAAAUGUCUCACGAGCCACAUGGAAUGACAGAUUUAGUGACGUCUAUUCCUUGUGCGUCGCAUAUCCGGAACCACUGGCGGACCGUUUGUACAACGAGACAAAGAGGUUUCUGGACAACCAUGUCUUCCAGUUAUUGACAGAGGUCCGCGCCCAUGGCGAGUCGGAUCUGCUGCAGGCGUACCACCGGGCCUGGACCGAGUAUUCGCAAGGCAUCAACUACUUACACCGCUUGUAUCUAUACCUCAAUCAGCAGCACAUCAAGAAGCAGAAGCUCUCGGAGGCCGAGCUCAUCUACGGCACGUCUUCCUCCAUGGCGGUCGACUACCAGGAGCAGAUGGAGAUCGGCGAACUCGGUCUGGACAUCUGGAAGAGGAAGAUGAUAAGCCCGCUCAGGAGUUCGCUCGUUUCCCUGUUACUCGAGAGCAUCCAGGCGGACAGAAACGGGGAAGCACAGCCUGCCACCACCGACGUGAUAUGCGGUGUUAUACAAAGCUUCGUGCGAGUAGAAGAAUACAAGUUGAAAGGACAAUUAGAUAUGUAUCAAGAAAUUUUCGAGGGUCCCUUUUUGGAAGCGAGCGGCGAGUUUUAUUCGAGAGAAGCGUGGGAAUUGCUUCAGCAGUUGGACGUCACACGUUACAUGGAACGAGUCACGUGGAGGCUCAGCCAAGAGGAGCUGCGCGCCCACAAGUACCUUCAUUCGAGUUCCGUGCCGAAAGUGAGAGCGUGCUGCGAGGACAAGAUGGUGAACGCGCAAGCCAGUUGGCUGCACACGGAAGCGAAGAUCAUGAUAGAGAACGAGCGCAGGCGAGACUUGUCCCUUCUGUAUCCUCUGCUGAAGCCCCUGCCGUCGGGUUUAAGUCCACUUGUACAAAAACUCACUCAACACAUCACGCAGCAGGGAUUACAGGCAAUCGGGCCUUUGCAGGGGGAAAAUGUAUAUACGCAAUUUGUGGAGAGCAUACUGGACGUACAUUCUAAGUAUUCAGAAUUGAUCAAAGAUGUGUUCAAAGCGGAUCAGAGUUUCGUCGGCGCGCUUGACAAGGCUUGUUCUGCAGUCGUAAAUUACAGGCCUGUGCCGAGGCAACCAGCGCGAGCACCCGAAUUGUUGGCGAAGUAUUGCGAUUCUCUGCUGAAGAAGUCGGCCAAGGCUGCCUCCGAGAGCGAGAUCGAGGAGAAGUUGGCCCGCUCCAUCACCGUGUUCAAAUACGUGGACGACAAGGACGUGUUCCAGAAGUUCUACGCGCGUAUGUUGGCGAAACGGUUGAUACACCAGCAGUCACAGUCGAUGGACGCCGAGGAGGUGAUGAUCGACCGGCUGAAGCAGGCGUGCGGCUACGAGUUCACGAACAAACUGCAUCGCAUGUUCACCGACAUGUCCGUGUCGACGGACCUGAACGCGAAGUUCACGACUACCUUGCGCGAGGGUGAUCGGGAGAAUCAGUUGGGCAUCGGUUUCGUGGUAUACGUUUUGCAAGCGGGCGCUUGGCCUCUCGGCUUGCCACCCUCUCCGGGGCCGUUUCACGUACCGCAGCAGCUGGAGAAAUCCGUGCAGGCAUUCGAAACGUUCUAUCACGCGCAGUUCAGCGGGCGCAAGCUCACGUGGCUGCACCACCUGUGCCAGGGCGAGCUGAAGUUCAAUUACCUGAAGAAGUCGUACCUGGUAACCGUGCAGACGUAUCAGAUGGCGCUGCUGCUGCUGUUCGAGCACUGCGACGCGAUACAGUGCCGGGAGGCGGCCGCAUCGCUGCGCCUGUCGCACGAUCAGCUGGUGAAGCACGCCGCGAGCCUCGUCGAUUGCAAGAUCCUCAUCAAGUCCACGGAAGGCGAACUCGAGGAAGACACCGUCCUCACGCUCAAUUUCGAUUACUACAACAAGAGAACCAAGUUCCGUGUGACCGGUGCCAUCCAGCGAGACGCGCCGCAUGACGCGGAGGCCACGCAUCGUAGCGUGGACGACGAUAGGAAAUUGUACCUGCAAGCAGCGAUAGUUCGCAUCAUGAAGAGCCGUAAGCUGUUGAGACACAAUUUACUUGUACAGGAGGUGCUGAGUCAAUCAAGAGUCACGUUCGCACCUUCUAUCGGGAUGAUAAAGAAGUGCAUCGAAGCCCUUAUAGAUAAACAAUACAUUGAGCGUACGGCAAAUAGCGCGGACGAGUAUUCAUAUGUCGCGUAACCUUCUAACAUCUGUCACUAAUUUAUUUCACUCGAGAGAUGCGUCCCAUAAGACAAAUUUGCUGAGAAAAAUAUCAAAGCUCCGAUCGGCCAAGUGAUUAAAUCAAUUACGAUUCAGCGAUCCAUUCAGCAUUUUCCUUUUCGACAUAAUCAAUCUGAAAAGGGAGAAAGUCAAACAAUAAUAAUAAUAAUAAUAAGACUCCGUGUCAAUGAAAGUUCCACGAAUCUCAAAAUGGCAUGAUGAAGGAUCGGGAAGAGCAUCUUAGAAAGACCGCUUAUUUGCUCUUUAGAUGGACCGAUUAAUACCUUAGUUGAUUUACUGACUUGUAAUAUAUGCACACUGAAUAAAGAUGAUGUUACUAUUUUA